CUUGUAGUCCCUGAAACGGGGGAUGGUUUUGGUGAGAUCUGGCAACCCCAUUGCAAGGUUUCAUCUGCAUCACAUCACGCGGGCUACUUCUGGUCAUACAUUACUCCGGCGUGUUUGUAUCUCCUGCUUGUAAUCAGGUAUUGUGACCAAUCAUGGCUGAUGAGGGAUACGUAGUACGCAUCAGGGGUCUCCCUUGGUCCUGCUCAGUGGAUGAAGUACAGAGGUUUUUCUCGGCAGAUUGCAAAAUCAUCAACAACGGCGGUGGGGGCAUCCACUUCACCUACACAAGAGAGGGGCGCCCCAGCGGAGAGGCCUUCGUCGAGUUGGAGACGGAGGAAGACCUGAAGAUUGCAGUGAAGAAGGACAGAGAAACUAUGGGUCACAGAUACGUAGAGGUUUUCAAAUCCAACAAUGUCGAGAUGGACUGGGUCAUGAAGCACACUGGUCCAAACUGUCCGGAAACAGCAGGAGACGGGCUCGUCCGGCUCCGAGGCCUUCCCUUUGGCUGCAGCAAGGAGGAGAUAGUACAGUUUUUCUCAGGGUUGGAAAUCGUGCCAAAUGGGAUAACAUUGCCGGUGGACAUCCAGGGGAGGAGUACGGGGGAGGCCUUCGUGCAGUUUGCUUCACAGGAUAUAGCUGAAAAGGCUCUAAAGAAACACAAGGAAAGAAUAGGGCACAGGUACAUUGAGAUCUUCAAGAGCAGCCGCGCUGAGGUGCGGACCCAUUACGAACCACAGCGGAAGCCCAUGGGCAUGCAGAGACCCGGCCCCUACGACCGUCCCUCCGGUGGUCGCGGAUACAACAUGAUGGGCCGAGGGGGAUCCUAUGACAGAAUGCGUCGCGGAGGCUACGGAGGAGGCGUAUCGGAUGGACGGUAUGGCGAUGGCGGCUCUUCCUUUCAGAGCACAACGGGCCACUGUGUCCACAUGAGGGGCCUGCCCUACAGAGCCACAGAGACAGACAUCUACAAUUUCUUCUCGCCAUUGAAUCCAGUACGGGUUCACAUUGAGAUCGGCCCAGACGGCAGGGUAACCGGGGAGGCAGAUGUCGAGUUUGCAACACACGAGGAUGCCGUGGCAGCCAUGUCCAAAGACAAAGCUAACAUGCAGCACCGCUACGUGGAGCUGUUCUUGAACUCAACAGCAGGUGGCAGCAACGGAGCCUACAGCAGCCAGAUGAUGGGUGGCAUGGGUGAGUUGGGGAACCAGUCGUCUUACAGCGGUGGCCAGCUGAGCUCAGGGUACUCCGGUGGAUACAGCAGCCAGGGCAACAUGGGCGGCUACAGUGACUACAGUGAGUGUCAGCUCCAUUAUAAAAGGUAACCAGGGCGGAAUGGGAAGCAGUUACUACGGCGGCGGUGGAGGAGGAGGAAGCAGAGGCUCUAUGAACGGACUGGGCGGGGGAUGGGGAAUGUAGAUUUGUUUUUUUCCCUUAAUUUGAUGUUUUUUUAACGCAGCAUUUUGCUGGAAGGACUGGAAGUCUCAUCUUGUAAACAUAGGGUAGGGUCAGGUGAGGUCGUUUUGAAAAUAUCGAGGGGGUAGGGUUUGUAUUUUUUUUUUUAAAAAGUGGAUCAUCUUCAGAGAAAGAAGUGAGAUCAUCCGGUGUCAGAGAGAAGCGCUGUUUGUCUUCCCCAUUCCUCACAGAUUUGACGCAUCACAGAAACCGUGCUUUAAAUUUUCAUUACCUGGAAGUGUGCAGUUUUUUGUGUUCUCGUUCUCCAGAAAUCUGACUGGCUGUUCCUUGAGGUUAACUCAUCCCGUGCUGGUGGCGUUAACAUUAGUUUCAAUGUCUGAGUGCAUGAACAAAAAAAAAAAGAAAAUCAGAAAGUGUCUGGUAUCUUCUGAUGUUUAGACCUUGUUUCACCUUCUACGUAGUGUUUAGCCUUUUUUUUAUUUCCCGUUAAAAUGUUAAUCUGAAUUACACUUCACAUGGUCAGAGCAUGUUUUGUUUUCUUAAAAGUGUGACUGACUGUUAUGGCGUUUUUUUUCUUCUGGAUAUGUCAAGGGCAAGUGAGUUUCAAAUCUGCUGACAUGAAGGUUUCUACUGCUUCAAAUGCUAUUUGUAUUUCCUGUGCACAAAGUGAAUAAACUAGUCUGGAAUAUCUAA